CUUUCUUCUGUCAUUUCUUUCCUCCCGAGUUGACUGUUUAUAAUAGUUUGAUAGUGACCCAUUGGGGAGAUUUUCACAAAUUUUUAAUAAAUUUUGAUUUGAUUUGAUCGACGAACGAACACCAUAUUCCAAAUUAAUUCCAUAACCAUGGACGCGGUCGGGGCAGCUCUGACAGCCAUCCUAGUGAUCUUCCUCACUUGGUUCCUUGGAGUUGCCUAUGUUACCAUCUCAUGUUACUGGUUGACUCCAAGACGCAUCAAGAAGGUAAUGGAGAGGCAAGGAGUGCGUGGUCCCAGCCCCCAGUUCCUCCUCGGCAACAUCCCGGACAUGGCCUCCCUCGUCUCGAAAUCCACAUCCUGCGGCAUGGACUCCAUCCGCCAUGACAUCGUCGACCGUCUCCUCCCCCACUACGUCCUCUGGUCCAAGCAAUUUGGGAAGAGGUUCAUAUUUUGGAACGGAACGGAACCAAGGAUGUGCCUGACAGAGACCGAGCUGAUCAAGGAGCUGCUCUCAAAGUACAGCACCCUGUCGGGGAAGUCGUGGCUGCAGCAGCAGGGGUCGAAGCAUUUCAUUGGGAAAGGCCUCCUGAUGGCGAACGGGUCUGACUGGUAUCAUCAGCGCCAUAUGGUUGCCCCUGUCUUUAUGGGAGAUAGGCUCAAGAGCUAUGCGGGAUACAUGGUGGAGUGCACUAACGAGAUAAUCCAAUCGCUGGAGAAUGCAGUGAGUGCAGAGCAGACCGAGGUUGAGAUCGGCGAGUACAUGACCCGACUCACCGCCAACAUCAUCUCGCGGACCGAAUUCGGCUCGAGUUAUGCAAAGGGCAAGCAAAUCUUCCAUCUCCUGACCGUCCUUCAGGGCCUCUGCGCUCAGGCCAGCCGCCACCUCUGUCUCCCCGGCAGCCGGUUCUUCCCUAGCAAGUAUAACCGGGAGAUAAAGUCCCUAAAGAUGGAAGUGGAGAGGCAGUUAAUGGAGAUAAUACAAGGCCGUAAGGACUGCGUCGAGAUUGGGCGCAGCAGCUCGUACGGGAAUGACCUGCUCGGGAUGUUAUUGAACGAGAUGCAGAAGAAAAGCGGCAGCGGGGUUUUCAGCCUCAACCUACAGCUCAUAAUGGACGAGUGCAAGACAUUCUUCUUCGCCGGCCAUGAGACCACGGCCCUCCUCCUCACUUGGACCGUCAUGCUCCUAGCGAGCAACCCAUCAUGGCAGGAAAAGGUCCGGGAAGAGGUCACCCGUGUCUGCAGUGGCAAGCCCCCGGGCGUCGAGCAUCUCUCCAAACUCACCAUGCUAAACAUGGUGAUUAAUGAAUCAAUGAGACUCUACCCGCCAGCCUCAAUCCUUCCGCGAAUGACCUUCGAAGACAUCAAACUCGGUGACCUCCACAUCCCAAAGGGACUGUCCAUAUGGAUCCCGAUGUUGGCAAUUCAUCACAGUGAGGAACUCUGGGGAAAAGACGUUAAUGAGUUCAACCCUGACCGUUUUGCAUCCAAGUCAUUCAGUCCGGGACGUUUUAUGCCUUUCGCUUCAGGACCCCGGAAUUGCGUCGGUCAGUCUUUCGCCAUGAUGGAGGCCAAGAUCAUACUUGCCAUGUUAAUAUCGCGGUUUAGUUUCACAAUCUCAGAGAAUUAUCGUCAUGCUCCAGUUAUUGUACUCACGGUAAAACCGAAGUAUGGGGUCCAAGUGCGCUUGAAGCCUCUCACAAAUCCUUGAAAUUAAUGCUAAUUGAUGAGCACUCACUUAUAUUA